UCAACUAUCUGAUAUCGAUCAUAUGAUUUUGUUAUUUUUCAUAUAAUUGAAUGAAAAUUUCUUUGUCUUACUGCAAUAUGAAACCUUAGAUCUGAUUAUGUAUUGAUUGCAUUUAAAUAAGUGCAUGAAUCAUUUUUCGCGAAACAAAAUUGAUUUUGCGAAAUUUAUUCAUUCGGACGAAGCUGAGAUCAACAAACAGUUACCCAGGGAACUCUUGUUGAGAAUAUUUUCUUACCUAGAUGUCGUUUCCCUCUGUCGAUGUGCUCGAAUUUCGAAGGCAUGGAAUAUCUUAGCACUAGAUGGCAGUAAUUGGCAGAGGGUGGAUCUGUUCGAUUUCCAAACCGAUGUGGAUGGCAACGUGGUGGAAAAUAUAUCCAGGAGGUGUGGCGGUUUUCUGAAAUACCUGAGUCUUAGGGGAUGUCAAAGCAUUUCCGAUCCUGCUUUAAAAACAUUCUCGGAACAGUGCAAUAAUAUCGAAGAACUCAUCCUCAAUGGGUGCAAGAAAAUUACCGACGAAACGUGCAAAAGUUUGAGCCAGAAUUGUCCGAAGCUCAAGGUUUUGGAUAUAGGUUCUUGCUCUCAGAUGACGGACAUUUCGCUCAAAGCCAUCAGUGACAAAUGUUUCACCCUCUUACACAUAAACAUAUCCUGGUGCGAUCAAUACACCGAAAAUGGUAUCCAAGCGCUCGUUAAUGGCUGCCCCGGCAUCAAGGUCUUUAUAUGCAAGGGCUGUUCCCAGUUAGGGAACUCGGCCAUAGCGCAUAUCGGACGUCACUGCCUGAAUCUACAAACCUUGAACCUCAACAACUGCAUAAACAUAACAGACGAAUCAGUUGCCACAAUAUCAGAAGGCUGCAAACAAAUUCAGCACUUGUGCCUCUCGGGCUGUUCUCUACUGACGGAUUCCUCUCUCAUUUCUUUGGGAACCAACUGUCACCAUUUAAAAACCUUAGAAGUGUCGAGCUGCGUUUUAUUGACCGAUAACGGAUUCCAGAAUCUUCUGAGAAAUAGCCAUGAGCUCGAGAAAAUGGAUUUGGAAGAAUGCGUUCUGGUCACGGAUCACACUCUACAAUUCAUAUCCAUGCAUUGCCCCAAAUUACAGAAACUAAACCUUUCCCAUUGCGAGUUGAUAACGGACGAGGGCAUAAAACAUCUGACCACGGAACCGCGAUUUCAAGAACUCGUAAACGCCCUGGAGCUCGAUAAUUGUCCGCUAAUAACGGACACCUCUCUGGAUAGGUUGGUCCAUUGCGUCGCUCUCAGACGUUUAGAGCUGUACGAUUGCCAGUUGGUGACCCGAGCUGGCAUUCGUAGACUCAAAGCCAGACUACCCAACAUCAAAAUUCACGCGUAUUUCGCUCCGCUCACGCCCCCAACAUCGUCCCCUCCUACACGACAAGGCUAUUGCAGAUGCUGUAACAUCAUAUAACACAAAAAACAAGAAUCGAAAAUAAAAUAAAAAUUGUAUUAUGCCAAUUAUUCGGACCAAAUUAUAUACUCCUCCUGAAUAACCCAAACCGGAAAGAUUCCCCUUCCUAGAGGCGCAGACGAUUAUAUAUAGCAUUUUUUAAAAAAUCCUUUAAUAAAUAUACCGUCGUAUAUAUGCAAUACGAAGAAACGAUAUUCUUUCGAAAAUUAAAACUUAUAUUUAUUAUUAUAAUUAGUAUUUUUUUGAAAUAUCAAAAUGAUUUGAUAAGACAACAAGUCAUUUAUUAACAUUCGCUCAGUAACCCCCUUCCCUAUUAUAUAUAGGAAUAUGUUUUUUUUAUACAAUAAUAUUGCAUUUCUUACCAGAUUUUUUUUUUGGUUUAUUUUUUUAAAGGAAAAAUAAUUACUCUAGAAACAAAUGAAUGAAUGGAUAAAUUGAUAUUUAUUUUUUUAAAUUUAAUUGAUGUUUUUCAUCAUUAUUAUUAUCAGCUUUCAAAUAUUUUUUUACUUCAUUUAACCUUUGGCAACUCCCAAUUCUCGAUACAAUUAGAAAUCAUUUGAAUUAUGAUUUUUUUUUUUAAAAAAAGAAAGAUAUACAGAAUUUUUUUGUAGGAAACCCCAUGACUCUUAUUGUGAUGGAACAAGUUAUCAUUCAAGAUGACACACUUCCUUCUUGUGUAAAUAUGAAAUACAAAUUUCUUUUUUUUAAGAUAUCUUUUUAUAAUUACAGGAAUCAAAAAAAAUCUUCUUCAUGAUCCUAACCCCAUUCAAAUUAAUUUUAACAUCCCUCGACAAAUAUUGCAGAUAGAAAUCCUGAAAUCCCUAUUUCCCAAUCUCAUAGGAUUUUCCAUCCUAUGUUUAUCAUUCUUUUAACGUAUUUUUUUCUUAUUUUUUUUUUGCAAUUAGGAAUUUAUUUUAUUUUUUUUAAAAAGAAAGUUUCAUAUUUUUAUUUUAUUUUUGUCAACUUUUAUGCAAUUAUAUAAAUUAUUUAUUGUUAUUUAUUGUUGUUUGAAGAACAUACCAUUCAAAUACUAUAUAUUAUUUUUAAUAUAUUCCGAACAUUAUAUUUUUUUAAUGUUUUUUUAUAUACAUACAUAUAUAAUAUAUUUAAUAUAUAACUUUAUAUAAUUUUAAAAAUAAUAAUACAUUA